AUGGCUGCAGGUUCCCGUGACCAUUCUCAGCCCGACCAGGUCAAUCAACAUUUCCAACCUUUUCCUCACUCGCGUUCUUUGUCGUUGCACACUCGCUUCGACGGCCCCACCAAUGAAACACCCAAUCUAACUACCAAACGCUCCUUAUUGCACCGCGCCCGGCGAUCCGUCCUAAGCUUCAGCUCACCCAGCCCCCAAGCUUCUGAAUCUUCCUAUGCCUCGAAGAGGCCCAGGCAGGACGAAUUAUACCAAGAUCGCCCUGAUGUGAAAAGAACAAUGCCAUCAAGUCUGGCUUAUUCUGGAGCAACCAGAACCCUAAAUGAAAAUGCUCAUCUUAAUGGUUUAAAUGGCACUCGGAUCGAGGACAAGUCCUCGAUCAACGAGAGCCGCCCAAAGAACGAGGAUGUGUUUUUAAAUAUUGCGAGAGCCGAUUCGGGCCGUCGCGACUCGAUAGGUCGUUCGGAUUUUAGACGGUGCUCGGUAGCUAACGAGAAUAUAUGGACUAGUCACGGCUUGGUUAUUCUAGUCAAAGUCUACGGUCGCCAACGACAGAACAAACCCCCCUCACCCGAUCAGCGAUACAGCAAUAUCGACAACCCCUUGCAUUUCCAAAAUGAUUCCCCCACUGCCCCCUACAGCGCUCUCCACACUCCAGCGUCAUCCGCCCAUCCUCUGGACGACUCAGGUCGCUUCCGCUACAGUAGCCUUGGUUCCGGGGCGCGAUCAGCUGUCGGCGUUCCUCGAAGCCGGUUCAGCCGUACGAGCCCAGAAACAUCACCGCGCACACCUUCUGCUGCCGAGGAACAGGAGCGUCGGUCCUCUCUGCACGAUCCGCGUAGUAGUCGCCAUUCGGGACUCUCUACAAUCCGAAGCAGCCGACAACCUUCUAGCUCUGAAGUGACCGGGCGACCGCGAGCCGAUACAGAACGAUCGCGCGCGGAUGGAACCGAAUCGACAUUGUCCAUCACGGCCCCCUCGACUGUUUGGGACGAACUAGAUGAUCUCAAAGAUCGGAUCAAAAAGUUGGAAUUGACUGGGAAGCUACCUCCAUCAUCUUCGGCAGCGAUGUACACCCCUACCAAUGAGAGACCGCGGACUGCAAACACCGCCGUUACCACCUUAUCCUCCUCGCCGAAGCAACGCCGCAAAACCAGCAUCUCAGGUGCAGAUACCGAACAUAGCCCGGUGCACCCAAUUCUGCAAUCCGCAUUGGCCAAGGCAAAAGCUGUCUUGAGCGGUGACGUGUACACCUCCCUCGAGGCGACAAUAACCGAUGCUUUGAACCUUUCCACCGCGUUGGGCGUCAAUGCCGCACCGUCGGGUACCGUCUCUGUUGUGAAUGGAGGAUACACCUCACCUGAACGACAUGCCCGCCGCAAAGCGGACAGUGUGUGCCGUAGCCUGACUGAGCUUUGCCUAGCCUUGACGGAUGAGCAGCUAAAGAAUGUCCGACCGUCGUCCAGCCGCGAGACAGGCGUGCAGCCCCAAUUAUUGAAUGGCACGGGGGUGGAUGCUCGUAUGUCCAUACCAACGUAUCAGCGAAAUGGGAACCACGAGCCCGAAAGCAUUGAGCGGCGCCAUAGCACGACUCGCAUCUCCAGUCGCCUUGAGGCACGUCGGGCAUCCCUGGUCAAUGCCAGCCCUGGAAACACGCCAGACAUGAAACAGAGUCCAACCCAAUCUCCCGGCAUGUCUAACCCAACCACUCGUCUCAAUCGCAUGUCAACUUCCCUCCGCAGCCGCAGGCAGACUAUUGGCGAGGAGAGUGGAGAGACUGAAAGUCCACAUAGUCGUUCGGUCUCAAGAGCCAAUACAGAAAUUGGUCAGACUUUGUCCCGCUCUAUUUCCGGCAUGCAGCAGGACCAGAGCGGUCUAGGAUACUCCCCCCGCUCCCCGCAAUACCAAUCGUCACAAAUCCCGCAGUCGCAGGCACAGCCAUCAGAGCCUCGAACACCGACCCUCUCAUCCAGUCUCUCAUUCCGCAGAAGCUACAUGAGCCCCGCUACAUACACUCCUGCGACAUCUCGCUCCAACAUCCAGGCUGGGUCUCGCCGCUAUGGCCUAACCCCUAGCUUCUCUUCCAACAACAUACAGGCAUCCCCCGUCGAAGAAAAUCUACGAUUGCCCCAAAUGGAGCCCUCCCAGACCAGAAUCUUGACCCCAUCGAGCAAAGUAGCAACCAGCUACACGCCAAUCCAAACACCACGACUGCGAACGAACAGCCUAGGCGCACGGAGAUUCGGCCUUCGAAACCGUGUCCCGGCUACCCUCAACAAUGUAAACCUCGAUGACAGCAUCGAUUAA